CCACGCUUCCUCUCCACCACGCCAGCGACGCGCUACCCGCGCAAAGACACCAUGGACAAGGACUCGCUCAAUCCCAGCUCCUCCGAGUACGCCAAGUCCGGUACCGACGACGCGGCGGCAGGUUCAGACGCAGCAUUCAACCCUGACAAGACGAGCCCCGAGGAGGCAGAGAAGACGGCCGAGAAGGAGAGCGGUGGCAACUCUUUGAAUGUUAGCCCGGGGAAUCAGGAGGUUAGCAAGCCGCGAGGGGACGAGGAAGGUGGUGCGCAAGGAAGUCCCAGGACAUCGAGUAGCAGUAAGGGGAGUGCACCAAAGUCG